GUGUGUCCCGCGGUAAACAGCUGGUUGGAGGCGGCGCCGGGCUGCUUCCCUCCUCCGCUGGGACUCCCCCAGCUCGGUUCGACGUUGUGAUUGGGUGGAAAAUGGCGCUGCGCGGAUGGAAAUCCUAAUGACAGUCUCCAAAAUCGCCUCCAUCUGUACCAUGGGCGCUAAUGCCUCAGCUUUGGAGAAAGAGAUUGGUGCAGAACAGUUUCCAGUCAAUGAACACUAUUUUGGCUUAGUAAAUUUUGGAAAUACAUGCUACUGCAAUUCGGUUCUUCAGGCACUUUAUUUCUGUCGUCCCUUUCGAGAGAAAGUCUUGGCGUACAAGAGUCAGCCUAGGAAAAAAGAGAAUCUGCUUACCUGCUUAGCUGAUCUUUUUCACAGCAUAGCCACUCAGAAGAAAAAAGUUGGAGUGAUACCUCCAAAAAAGUUCAUAACAAGAUUGCGAAAAGAGAAUGAGCUUUUUGACAACUACAUGCAGCAAGAUGCACAUGAGUUCUUGAACUAUCUGCUGAAUACAAUUGCUGAUAUUUUGCAAGAAGAAAGAAAGCAGGAGAAACAAAAUGGUCGUCUACCUAAUGGCAGCAUUGACUGUGAAAACAAUAACUGCCCCCCAGACCCCACGUGGGUUCAUGAAAUCUUUCAGGGAACGUUAACGAAUGAAACAAGAUGUCUCACUUGUGAAACAAUAAGCAGCAAAGAUGAAGAUUUUUUAGAUCUCUCUGUUGAUGUGGAGCAAAAUACUUCAAUUACUCACUGUUUAAGGGGUUUCAGCAAUACAGAAACCCUGUGCAGUGAAUAUAAAUAUUAUUGUGAGGAAUGUCGCAGUAAACAAGAAGCACAUAAAAGAAUGAAAGUGAAAAAACUACCAAUGAUUCUAGCUCUCCAUCUGAAGAGAUUUAAGUACAUGGAUCAGCUACAUCGAUACACGAAACUAUCUUACAGGGUAGUGUUUCCCUUAGAACUUCGACUGUUCAAUACUUCGGGAGAUGCUACUAAUCCUGACAGGAUGUAUGAUCUUGUGGCUGUAGUAGUUCACUGUGGAAGUGGACCUAACAGAGGACACUACAUUGCAAUAGUGAAGAGUCAUGACUUCUGGUUGCUCUUUGACGAUGAUAUUGUAGAGAAAAUAGAUGCACAAGCUAUUGAAGAAUUCUACGGGUUGACAACGGACUCCUCUAAAAACUCUGAGUCUGGUUAUAUCCUCUUCUAUCAGUCUCGGGACUGAAUAGGAUCUGUGGUGAAGAUGGCUUCAUUUCUGGCUGUUGUGGAAAGGAAAAAAGCACUGAUUCUUUUCUUUUUCUUUCUUUCUUAAUUUUUUAUUUUUGGGGGGUAAAAGGAAUGCAGGGAGUCAAAGGGGUGGCAGCACGGUUUGCACAGGACAAAACAAAGAUUUCAACGAGGCUUUUAAAAACUCUUCAUAUCAUGUUCAUUUAAUUUCGCUCAGGUUUCAUGGUGACAGUGUGACCCACCACAAUUGCCCAGUGGGAGCCAGUGACAGCUAGUCCUGUAAGGGUUUGCCACCAAGCAGCUGAACUGUAUCUUGAUUUGAUCCAAAGUCCAUGUCAGUGGAAGCACUUUCCUAUUCUCCAGAAUACUUUGAAUUUUGGCCAGUGUUGCACCAAAAGCAAGUGCAACAGAAGCAAUAUAAAUCUGACAUACUAAUUCACAUGCUUAUUUUUUAUUAUGAGAAGUGCAAAUUAUUUGGGGGUUUGUUUGUUUGUUUGUUUGCUAAUACUCAGUUCUAAAAAUAUAAUUUUUCCUGAUUUUCCUGCAUGCCUAAAUUAGAGAGAGUUAGCCUAACAGUUGCCUUCCUGGCCAGAAUAAAUUAAUAGAAUUCGAUAUUUAAGCUACAAUCAAGAAGGCAAGUAUGUUUUGCUUCCUUUAAGAAGCUUACAUUACAGUAAUAUGUACCUCUAUGAUUGGGAACAGUU